GUUUAGCUCAAAACAAACAGGAGAGAUGGCUGCCUUAGACGAAAUUAAACGUCUUGAAUAUUUAUCUUUGGUGUCAAAGGUGUGCACGGAGUUGGAGAAUCAUCUGGGAAUAAGCGAAAAAGAUUUGGCUGAAUUUGUAAUCAGUCUGGCAGAAAAACACCCAACGUUUGAGGCAUUCAAAGCAGUUCUGUGUGAAAAUGGAGCAGAUUUUACAGAUACCCUCGUUGGUAAUUUACUCAGACUUAUUCAAACUAUGCGACCCUCAGCAUCCACAAGUAAAGCUCAUCAGCCAAAGAGUGAGAGGGACAAGCUGAAAGAGAAAUAUCCUGCUUUAUGUCAACCAGACGCUCCUGUGUGGACGAUUCAGCCCUGCCACACAGAGAAAGAUGAUGAGCAGGUCGCAGCAGCAGCCAUGAAGGAGCUGGAGAUGCUCAUGCCAAACUUCUGUGGUACAAUCUCUGCUGACGGGUCGGGCAGGAAUUUGCACGGCGACAGAAAUGGAGACCCAGGCGGAGAAAGCGGACGUAAGCGCUCGAGAUCAAAAGAUCGUGACGGAGAGACAAACCCCAAAUGCAAGAGGAAACGUCCGUCUCGCUGGAGUGACCGUCCGCCGAGCCCACGCAGAGACAUCGACAACAACGUGGAGGACAGAGACGCUGGCCGCUGGCGAGACAGACAAGUGGAUCGGCCUCCGCCCGACGAGCCCGCUGUGGGCGACGUCUACAACGGCAAAAUCAGUAGUAUUAUGCAGUUUGGCUGUUUUGUGCAGCUGGAGGGCCUCAGAAAACGCUGGGAGGGCCUGGUGCACAUCUCAGAGUUGCGCAAAGAAGGACGUAUAGCCAAUGUAGCUGACGUGGUUACCAAAGGCCAAAAGGUGAAGGUCAAAGUUCUGUCGUUCACUGGAACCAAAGCAAGCCUCAGCAUGAAGGAUGUCGACCAGGAGACGGGGGAGGACCUGAACCCCAACCGGAGACGAAACCUGGACACUGGAGCCGGAGACGAAGCUAUGAGAAACCCCGACCGCCCUGUCGAAGCCACCAUCCUCGAGAUGGAGGAAGACCCAACGGAACGCAAGCGGCUCACCAGGAUCACCGACCUUGAAAAAUGGGAGAUUAAACAGAUGAUUGCAGCCAACGUUCUUCCUAAAGAAGAGUUCCCAGAAUUUGACGAGGAGACGGGAAUCCUUCCCAAAGUAGAUGAUGACGAAGAUGAAGAAAUUGAGAUCGAUCUGGUCGAAGAGGAGCCACCGUUCCUGAGGGGACAGACUAAAUGGAGCGUAAACAUGAGCCCGGUCAAAAUAGUAAAGAAUCCAGACGGCUCCCUUUCCCAGGCAGCCAUGAUGCAGAGCGCUCUGUCUAAGGAGAGGAGGGAGGUGAAGCAGGCGGCUCGCGCAGCAGAGAUGGACUGCAUCCCCACCGGUCUCAACAAGAACUGGAUAGACCCGAUGCCUGACUAUGAAGGAAGGCAGAUCGCUGCCAACAUGAGGGGCAUCGGCGCUAUGCCUCUCGACCUUCCGGAGUGGAAACGAUAUGCCUUCGGAGGGAACCAGGUGUCGUACGGCAAGAAGACCGAGCUUUCCAUCCUGCAGCAGAGAGAGAGUCUGCCGAUUUUCAAGCUGAAGGAACAGCUCGUUCAGGCGGUCCACGAUAACCAGAUCUUGAUUGUAGUUGGAGAAACCGGCUCCGGUAAGACCACGCAGAUCACUCAGUACCUGGCGGAGGCCGGCUACACCUCGCGGGGUAAGAUCGGCUGCACGCAGCCCCGUCGUGUAGCUGCCAUGUCGGUGGCCAAGAGAGUCUCCGAGGAGUAUGGCUGCCGCUUAGGUCAAGAGGUGGGUUACACCAUCCGUUUUGAGGACUGCACCAGUACAGAGACCGUAAUCAAGUACAUGACCCAUGGUAUGCUGCAAAGGGAGUGUCUGGUGGACCCCGACAUGAGCCAGUAUUCCCUCAUUAUGCUGGAUGAAGCCCAUGAGAGAACAAUCCACACCGACGUGCUCUUUGGUUUGCUCAAGAAGUCGAUACAGAAACGCAAAGACAUGAAGCUGAUAGUGUCCUCUGCUACACUGGACGCUGUCAAGUUCUCCCAGUAUUUCUUUGAAGCUCCCAUCUUCACCAUCCCUGGAAGAACCUUCCCGGUGGAGGUUCUCUACGCCAGAGAGCCGGAGACGGACUACCUGGACGCCAGCCUCAUCACCGUCAUGCAGAUUCAUCUGACCGAGCCUCCAGGGGACAUCCUGGUGUUUCUGACUGGACAGGAAGAGAUCGACACCGCCUGUGAGAUCCUGUACGAGCGGAUGAAGUCUCUGGGGCCCGAUGUUCCCGAGCUGAUCAUCCUGCCCGUUUAUUCUGCCCUGCCCAGUGAGAUGCAGACCAGGAUCUUUGACCCCGCCCCCCCAGGCAGCAGAAAGGUCAUCAUUGCCACAAACAUCGCUGAGACGUCUCUCACUAUUGAUGGAAUCUACUACGUGGUGGAUCCCGGCUUUGUUAAACAGAUCGUGUAUAAUUCUAAGACCGGCAUCGACCAGCUGGUGGUGACUCCCAUAUCGCAGGCUCAGGCCAAGCAGAGGUCCGGUCGAGCCGGCAGAACGGGCCCGGGGAAGUGUUACAGACUCUACACUGAGAGAGCCUACAGAGACGAGAUGCUCGUCUCCAACGUGCCUGAGAUCCAGAGGACCAACCUGGCCAGCACCGUGCUGUCUCUGAAGGCGAUGGGCAUCAACGACCUGCUGUCGUUCGACUUCAUGGACGCUCCCCCCAUGGAGACUCUGAUCACAGCCAUGGAGCAGCUCUACACUCUGGGAGCUCUGGAUGAUGAAGGCUUACUCACUCGGCUGGGAAGAAGGAUGGCCGAGUUCCCUCUGGAGCCCAUGCUGUGUAAGAUGCUGAUCAUGUCCGUCCAUCUGGGCUGCAGCGAGGAGAUGCUCACCAUCGUGUCAAUGCUGUCUGUGCAGAACAUCUUCUACAGACCAAAGGACAAACAGGCGCUUGCUGACCAGAAGAAGACAAAGUUCUUCCAGCUGGAGGGAGACCACCUCACACUGCUGGCUGUGUACAACUCCUGGAAGAACAACAAGUUCUCCAACCCCUGGUGCUUCGAGAACUUCAUCCAAGCCCGCUCCUUAAAGAGAGCUCAGGACAUCCGCAAGCAGAUGCUGAGCAUCAUGGACAGACACAAGCUGGAUGUGGUGUCUUGUGGGAAAGCUACGGUGCGUGUCCAGAAAGCUAUUUGCAGCGGUUUCUUCAGGAACACUGCCAGGAAGCACCCACACGACGGGUACCGUACCCUGAUCGACCAGCAGGUGGUGUACCUCCACCCCUCCAGCACUCUCUUCAACCGUCAGCCAGAAUGGCUUGUGUACCACGAGCUGGUGCUGACCACCAAGGAGUACAUGCGGGAGGUGACCACCAUCGACCCCCGCUGGCUGGUGGAGUUCGCGCCGGCCUUCUACAGAGUCGGCGACCCGACGCGCCUCAGCCAUCAGAAGAGGCAGCAGAAGCUGGAACCUCUGUACAACCGUUACGAGGAACCCAACGCUUGGAGGAUCUCCCGCGCCUUCAGGCGGCGCUAAAGAGCCCCCGUCCUGUACGACUACACCAGCCGGACAAACGGUGGCACGGGUUAAUAAUCAGCCACGUGAUGGCUGAGAAAGACACUUUCACAUUUUCAUUCAAACCUUCGACCAGAGAAAUGUUUUUCACAGUAUUUAAAGCGUCUUUCAGUAAUACUUGGUUUUGCCUUGUGAGCUACAAUGGUCAAUAUUACCUAUAUUGUAUUUUCUAUGAAAUGUUUAAAAUACAGGUAAUUUAGUUUGUUUUUAAUUGCAAUUGUUACGUUUGUUUUUUGCGAUUGCAGAUUAACACUGGAUGCACUUUUAUUUGCUGCUGCCUCUUAAAGGUCCAGGGUGGAGGAUUCAGUGGCAUCUAGUGGUGAGGUUGCAGAUUACAACCACCUGACUACCCCUCGCCUCGCCCCUCUUAGCACAGCAUAAGAAUGGAAGUGGGGAAAAGGCUAAACUGGCUCUGUCCAAAGGUAACAAAACCUUCCUACUACCCCAUUUAACCUAUAAAAAGGCUAGUUGUUUCCUGUCUUUGUGCUAAGCUAAGCUAACCAGCUGCCGGCAGUAGCUUCAUGUUUACUGUAUAGACAUGCGAGAGGCAUCAUCUUUGUGUCUAGCUCUCAGCAAGAAAGCAAAUCAGCAUGUUUCCUAAAAAAACCAAACAGUUGAAUCAAAUGAAACAAAUGAAAGCAUCUACACGCGCCUCCACAAAAACUCAGAAAGGACGAGUCUGGACCUCCGUUUGGGUAUUAUGGGUAUUUAUUAAGCAAUCUCUUCAACCACAGUCAUGUUUAUGGAUGAAUAGGCCUCAGAUGUGAGAGGAAUGCAAUAAAAACAAACAAAAAAAAUCCCUAAUGAGAUUAAUUUAAAACAAAACACCGUAGCCUUAUAUACAAGUGGAUGGGGGGGGCAUGUGCAAGAGGUGCAUGGGGGUUCAGGGUGUGUAUGAUGAUGGGUUGGUACAACAGGAAGAUUUCUGAAGGAGAGGGUGGGGUCGAGGGUGAGGGCUGGCUUUAGUACAUGUAGCCUUUGGAGUAGGGCUGGGGGCCCAUGUUUUGGGGGGCUUGUUCCGGGGUGUAGGGCACGCCCUCGUCCAGGUGAGACAGGGGCACCGUGUCCUCCUCGUUGACGUAGCGCUCGAACUCGGCCUUCAGGCUGGGCCGCUGAUUGUCGGGGAAGGCCAGAGAGAUGAGCGCCUCGGGCUCGCACACGAACUUGUAAACGUAGCGCUCGCCUGCCACCUGGAGGGGGGAGGAACGUCUGGAGUCAGGUAGGAAUGUGAGAGAUUCACAGGUGCUGUGCAGUAUUUGAGUCUUACAGGUAUGAUCUGACCCUGGUCUGUGUCUAGUCCAGGUCUUAAACGUUCUUUUAACAAGCUGGAUUGUGCUUUUCCUGUUUAGAUGUCCAGUAAAUUAGCUUAAACUCAGCUGUGAUUGGUGGUUAUUCAGUGAAAUUAAUCAGAAUGUAAUUUGACUCACUGCAUUUUCACUUAUUUCAGUGCCAUUUUUUAUAUAUCUGGAUGCUGUACACAUGAUAUCUGCUGGUAAAAGCCAAUGCUGACCUCAACAUGUGCAGUUAGGAUAUAUUGUGAGACAAAGGUUGAGGUUUGAGACCAAAUAAAAUGAGGACCACUGUCGACGACGGCGUUUAAACAUUACUGACACAUAACCUAUAUUAUGGCCUUCGAUAUGCAUUCAUGGGAGAAGAACUGGAGCAGACCUGCUUUUAUCACUUUCUAAUAAGGCCCACUUUAUAGUGGUUACAUGAUUGGUAAAGCUAUAUAUAGAAGAACAAUCAGACAAUGUAUGUAUCUCUAUAGAGAAGAACAGCUGGGUUGCCAGGUUGUGGAAAAUCUCUCCGGCUAGUGUUUAUCCUCCUCCAACAUAAUUUCCUUUGUCUAUUUUUGGCAAGCUCUUAAUUCAUCAGGAAGACUCUGAAGAAUCAUCUGACCACCUGAUUUCUGGAAAAGAUCUGCAGACUAUCUGGACCAAAAUCUGUUCAGUAACAGUUUUGACACUGCAGACUUGUUGUGAAAACCCUUUGUGCCAUGUUAGAUGAAGAUCAAUAGCAGCCAAAGUUGCCUUUUACAACCUGGCAACCCAAAGGUUCUUCUUACU